CUCUGAGGGGUUUCUAGCUGGCAGGAUACUGAGUGUAGUGCUGCUCUGUGGCUACAUGCUGUCCGGAGUCAUGGCUGCACAGCUGGUUGUUGCUCUGCUGGCUCUUACCUCCCUGUGCGCUGCUGCACCUCAACAUGACUGCAAAGAGCUGGUGAAGCCUCUGGUACUGGACAGCCACAGCCCUAUCUAUGGGAAGUGGGUGCUUCACGUGGCAUCCUGGGAUGAGCAUGGUUUGAAGAGCGACCUGGUGGCAGUUAACGCCUCGUGGGUGGAGAUUUCUUCUUCGUCUGACACCAACCACAUCGAUGUCUACUGGGCUGACCGCCUGGGGGAAAAAUGCCUUCAGGGUCUAGCCAAUGCAACAGUCUCUGGAAUGACAAGCCACACCACAUUUAAUAUCAAUGGUCACACUUCAUAUCAUGAGGGGAAGUACUAUGAGACCUGUGCUGACUGCCUCCUGUCUGAAGAUACCACACUACUCCCCGAUGGCAAGUCAAAAGGACGAUACCUGUUCCUCUUCACAAAGAGUGGCAACGUGGACCCAUCUGAGAUAGAGACCUACAAGAGGCAGGCCGAGUGUCUCAACUUUCCUGAAGAGAACAUCUACCAGUUUGGAACUGGAGAGCUGUGUCCAGAUGACAGGAAAACUGCUUCUGCUGCUACAGAGACCACUGAAGCUUAAGUCAGCAAACUAAACAACACAUUAUCAAAUCCAUUCAGCUAGACAUGCACUAGAUAGUGUUGUAAUGUGAUCUGAAUACUGAUAUAACACUGGUCUGGAUUAACCCCACAUAUGUUGUCACCCAGCUGGAUCCCUGAUGAGUUCAAAGCCUGAUGGUUUGAGGCCAUGUUAGAUUGUGGUUUGCUGUGAGCAGAAGUCUUAUUUCUUUUAUAGUUGGUUAAAGAAAUGUGGCUUGGAAAAAGUUUAUGGCAUUUUUGGUAAGGUGAUGGCUGAAGGAGCUGGUGUAGUCACAUUAACAAUCUGUAAAUAGUAGUCUGUUUUACAUUUAUACCGUCUGUAUGAGAUAAAUAAAAACUACUUUUACUUCCUC